GGCUACGCUACACCAAAAGAAAGAAGAAGAACCAAAACAAGAUUUUACCAAGCUAAAUCAUAAACAAAUCAAAAGCAUUUAAGUAUGACAGACUUUGGAGGAGAUUCCGGUGGCCGGUUGAAGGGCGUGACCAUAGUAAAGCCCAUUGUCUAUGGUAACAUAGCGCGAUCCUUCGGUAAGAAGCGCGAGGAGGAUGGACACACGCAUCAGUGGAAGGUCUACUUGAAGCCCUACUUCAACGAGGACAUGUCAAUUUAUGUGAAGAAGGUGCACUUCAAGCUGCACGAAAGCUACGCCAACCCGAACCGGAUCGUGGUGAAGCCACCCUACGAGAUCACGGAGACGGGCUGGGGGGAAUUCGAGGUGGUAAUCAAAAUCUACUUCAACGAUCAGUCGGAGCGCCCGGUUACGUGCUACCACAUCCUGAAGCUCUUUCAGUCGCCCGUCGUCGACGGCGAGCUCACCUCCAGCACCACCAUGGACACCAAGAAGGGUCUGGUCUCGGAGUCAUACGAGGAGAUCGUCUUCCAGGAGCCCACCCAGAUCAUGCAGCAUUAUCUCUUGCUCUCGGAACAGAGCGCCAACGGACUCUUGUCCCACGACACUGACUUUGAAGAAAAGAAGACCAAAACGCUGGACAACAUUGUCAAUGUGAAACAGAAGGUCAAAGGGGAGAUCGUAACACUUAAGGACAAACUGAAGCUGGCACGGGAGACCAUUUCCAAAUUCAAGGCAGAAUUGGCCAAGGUGCAAAAGCAACCUGCGUAAUAUAUGUAUGUCCAUCAUUUAGGCAGUCAGUUUCAUUUAUGUGUAAUGGUUUUAAGUUUCUAUGUGUAAGUUAUUAAAAUGAGGAAAUCAAAAUUUUCUGGUUACUUCAAUCGCAA